AUCCCUCUCCGGCCAUCUUCUCCGAGCCAAAAUUCGCCUCACUGUGAGCACCUCGAACCUCGAAAUCGAAUCAAUCGAAGAGUUCCUUCAGGUACAAAGAUGAAUACAAAUGAGUGGAGAUCAACUCGAGGGAUCAGACGGAGGAAAGCUGUGUUUGAUCUUAAUGUGGCACCCACUGAUCUUGAAGGGACCUCCGCUUCCGUAAGAGCAGCUCCCAUUGUGCCUAGCUGUGAUCUUCAAAGAGAGUCUGUGCCUUCUCAGCCUGCUCCGGCCAUGAUUGAUGUAGAUGCUAUUGAAGAUGAUGUCGUUGAAUCAUCCGCAAGUGCUUUCGCUGAGGCUAGAAGUAAAUCAACAGGUGCACGUCGGAGACGGUUACUGGUUGAUGUAGAGUCAGGUGAACGGGUGAGUGCAGGUGGUACGACUAGAUUGACUCCCAACAAACGGAGAAGGGUUCCUCCUAAUCAACCUGUCAUCGACUGUGAGCAUGUGCAGAGUGUGUGUAGCUCAAAGGCUCCACCUCCUCCACCAGAAGAGCCGAAAUUCUCUUGUCCAAUUUGUAUGUGCCCGUUCACGGAGGAGAUGUCAACGAAAUGCGGUCACAUCUUCUGCAAGGGAUGUAUAAAGAUGGCAAUAUCUCGCCAAAACAAGUGCCCUACUUGUAGGAAAAAGGUGACUGCGAGAGAGCUGAUUCGAGUCUUCCUUCCAACUACUAGAUGAACAUUAACACCCACCUUUGUCUAGUGGUUUGUCUUGACUCUAUCCUCAAAUUCGCGUUGGAACAUUGGAUGGACUUCGAGGAAUUGACGUUUUAGUUUGAAUGUUUCACUUUGUUGGAAGAAAAAAAAAACUUCAUUGGUCAAGAAGGCCAUAUCAUUGGUAAUUGUCAAAUUACUAGUUGUUGUCUUAUGUAAUUUAGAUCUUUGCAAACCUCAGUUGAUGCCUCUCUCUCUGUUACUGAU